AUGGACGUGGCCACUUUCGGUGCUACGUGCUCUCCGUGCUCCUCGCAAUACAUCAAAAACUGUAACGCCCAGGAGCAUUCUACACAGUUUCCUGGCGCCGCAGAAGCAAUCGUUAACCGGACAUAUGUCAACGACUGUUUUGACAGUCUGAACACCGAUGAAGAAGCUCUUCGAAGGGCCAAGGAGGUGCGGUCCGUUAACGCCAAAGCAGGAGAUUCGAGUCAGGAACUCAAAGAACUCAAAGCACUCAAAAAACUCACAGAACUCAAAGAACUCAAAGAACUCAAAGAACUCAAAGAACUCAAAGAACUCAAAGAACUCAAAGAACUCAAAGAACUCAAAGAACUCAAAGAACUCAAAGAACUCAAAGAACUCAAAGAACUCAAAGAACUCAAAGAACUCAAAGAACUCAAAGAACUUAAAGAACUCAAAGAACUCAAAGAACUCAAAGAACUCAAAGAACUCAAAGAACUCUUAGAACUCAAAGAAAUCAAAGAACUCAAAGAACUCAAAGAACACAAAGAACUCAAAGAACUCAAAGAACUCAAAGAACUCAAAGAACUCAAAGAACUCAAAGAACUCAAAGAACUCAAAGAACUCAAAGAACUCAAAGAACUCAAAGAACUCAAAGAACUCAAAGAGCUUAAUAAACUAAAAAAAAAUCAAAGAAUUUAA